UUUGGUGGCAGUCGCUUCCCGACCGCCGGAGGAGGCGGAUCGUUUUCCCUCGCUCCCGCAUACAAAACAUCGCUACGUUGCAUCCUUUUUAUAGGGAUGUUCGUUCCUAGUUCCUACGUAGUGUUUACUAAGGAUACGUGCCGUGACAAUUAAGCCGGAAUAGUUCAGUUGUGUCAGUGUGUGAUUUAACGUUAAUUAGAUACUCGUUGUUUUCAUGUUGCAACAUACGGAUGUGCCUAAUGCAGUGAGAUCCGUUUGAUUGGCAAAAGUAAACAUGAUAUGACAGAUGUUAAAUAAUAGGAUAGUUGCAUUGCUAUUAACGUUUUAAUGGAUGCAGCACACGAGCGACGCUAAAGCGGAAACAUCAAAUAGCUUAGUUGCAGUUUCGGUGACUGGGAAAUUGUAAUAGCAAGAACAGUCACGAGGCUCGAUCGUGAUACGUUGAAUGAAGAUUAGCUGCAGAAGAACAGCCUUUUUAAUUUUAAUCAUAGUGAUGUGCCGCUUAGUGAACUAAACAAUCGACGUGAUUCGUAUGUGCUGCCGAUCCUUAACGACAAAAGUGAAGGUAUAAUUGAAAAAUAUAAGUGCCACAAAACACAGUAAAGUGAAGUGGGUAUUGUUUCAUCAUCAUCAUAUUAAUAACACGAAAGUUUGUAAGAAGAAUAAUUUUAUCAAGUAAGUACGCGAUCGUCUGUUUCCAGUUCGUUCGCAAAUGGUAAUGCGGCUUCGGCGUCUUCAAUGAAAAGAUAAAACGUUGAAGAUUGCGUAUGGACGAGAGAUACAACGGGAGUCCAAAGGAAGCGUCGACGAACGCUGUUUGGACACGACGCGAUGUUUGGUCCAACUUUAAUCACAAUAAAAACAAAGAAAGAGGUUUAAAACAACAAAAUGCUGAUAGCGGAAAAAAUCAAGCAAAAUAUGAGACAGAACGAGAAGCUAUCAAUGUUAUAGCGACUGCUGAAGCUAAGCUAGACGAAGAUGACCAACUCAGGAAGAACGUGUGGAGUGACGUCGAUGACGAACUAUACAUAGCGAAUUUGAUAAAACACAGAACCACAGAUGUUAAGCGUAAUAAACGUGGUGUAAGUGGUAGUGAUAUCAGUGAGCAGGUUGUGAAUAGUGUUAGUUUAGAUAAUAGCGCGAUGUGGGAAUUGGAACCCACCGAUCUGACGGAGUGCGACUGUUUGGGACCACCUCCAGAGUUUCUCCUGCCUCCGCCGCCGAGACCGCCGUUCCUUCAGUCAGAAUAUUACUGCGGCGACGAUCCUAUACCUGACCUAGAAACUUGCGAUACGGAACCAAAGAUCGACGCGUAUAACCACAACGGGUCAUCGCUGCAAACUUCUGCUGUGAUCGGACUGUGUUCCUUCGUGCUGGCCGCGUGUGUUCUCAUCGGAAUCAUCCUAGUUUGGAAGCACAAACGAAAAGUUACAAACUUAUUGCCUUCGAAAUCAUCAGCGCCCAGCCAGAGCUCAGGGUCGCAGAGACGGGCCCCACCGCCGGCGCCGCUAUACGAAGACUUACAAGAUCUCCCGAGAAGGCCACCUCUGCCCCAUAGACCUCAAGAAUUGGAACCGCAGUUGGAGAUGGUGGAAACGAGGAGACCUAACUGUACUGGUCGCGUGUUCGUUUGCGGUUCAGGCAACACAUGGCGAGGUGGGAACUCGUGCGGCGGCGAGACCUGUGGAGCUCCUCUUUACGAAGAACUACCACAUCGGUCUGAUGACUCCGUACACAGCGACGAUCACUUCGCAGAAGACGAACUGAGCUUAGUCGGUGAAGCGGCGCCUUGUCGAACUUGCUCCAGACCUCAAGCGCCACAGUCUUUACAGCAUAGACCGAGACAUCAACGACUAGACCGUAGACCCAAAUCUCUAGAAAGAAGGAGAGCACAACAUAGGAUCCCUCGACACAUGCACCCGCCAGAUCCUUCAGAAUUCCAUGAAGGUGUGCUUUUGGAUGCGUUGCUGCGGUUAUACCCUCAAGUUGGCACUGUUGGCGCUAGACCAGGCCCCGUGCCCGUCGGUGCGGGCGGCGCAUGGCCUGGCGGUGAAUUACCCGGGAUCCAAUGCUGGAGAGGACCGAGAGCUUCACCGAAACCUCCUAGCGGCGAUUCUUCUUUCGGCUCAGAUUCGGGAUACAGCAACAAUACGUGUGGAACUUGUGGGACCAGGGCGUCUUCGCGUCAUAGGCUGUCAGCAGAAAUGCCUAUGUCAUGAGCACAAUAUGCUUUAAGACUUUAAUCGCUCACGGUCUGAAUUACGAUCAACUGAUCAAGUGAUGAAUGAUGAUGAUAUUUGCGGGAAUUAACGUAAUUUUUAAUACCGUAGAUUCCUUAACGAGGGCCUAAAUUGGAUGGCCUAUUCUUUUCAUGCCUUCUUCGAUAAUAAUGUGACUUAAAAAACCUGUUGUUUCUGAUUUUUACUAAAGUAAUCGAGUAGGGACUUCCACUUUUGUAAAAUAUCGCUUCGUAGGCUAGUCCCUGAAUAGAUACUAGUGUCAUUACUAUAAAUUAUUAUAUUAUUUUUAGUGUUAAAAUAUGUUUUUUUUUUUUGUACAAACCAAUCGUGACCAUAUUUCGUAGGCUUAGAAGUUUCGUCCUAGUAAGUUAAUUCGAGCUAGUCCUAAAAUUACAAGAUUUCACAAUGUGAUUCGAAAUAAAUACGUUUUUUUUUUUUUGUAAAUUUCUAAGCUAUGUUUAUCGAUAAGUUGUUUCCACGGAAUGUAGAUACUGUACAAAAACUUAGUUAAAUAAAUUAUACUUUAAGAUUGAAUUUUGUAAUCAUAUCAAGUGUAAUUAAUACGAAAAAAAUCACACUGACCUUUUAAGGCGAUAGACAAUUUCCGUUUUAGUUCCAUUGCUGAGCCUAAGAUCGCUUAGUUAUUUUUUUGGCAGAGAUCUGCAGAGGGUUCAACUGACUAAAAACCAGCGCUAAGUUGUUGCGGCAACGCAUCGAUGCGCGCUAAGGAAUAUGUAAGCAGAACCUCGGGGAUUCCCCGUAAAAAUUCAAGCAUCAGUAAUCAAAGGUUUUUCUUUUGUAUUUACUAGUUAUUAUUUUCUUUUUUGAAUGAUUUCAUUAAUUAAAAUUUUAAUGAUGAAUUAUUUAUGAUAUUGUAUUGUGAGGUAUGUCGGAGUCAAACCUCCCGUCGCUCAACAUCCCACGUCAGAACCUCGCAUGAGACAGAACUCAUGAAAGGCAAAGGCGUGAGAGUGAAGCGUUUAGUGCGGAGCACAUCUCUCCUAUCACCCUCCCUCCCCCUCGGGAACCAAACACGUCUGGCCUUGCGUACUGAUUGUUACGUCUGAAUAGUGGGUUGUUGUUGCAAAAUAAGUAAUACUGUGUAUUCUCCCGUCUUUAAUACAUUUAAACAUGUGGCUUAAAAGAACCGUUCUCGAAUAUGAAAUUUUUGGACUUUUUCCAACACGCAACGUAAGACAAUUAAAAGCACAUGACGCAUGGGGUCAAGGGCCUCGCGUGACGCGCAAUGUAUAGGAAAAUAACGCGAAUUAGCAAUGUUUUUUUUUUUAAUUAAGCUACUUUAUUUAUUGACCACUGACAAUGUUUUUUUAAACAAUUCUGUAUGACGAAUGAAAUUUUUAAUGAAAUGUAUUAUGUAAAUCGCUCAUGAAAAUGUAUGACUGUCUUUCUUCCUGGGGAACACUAUGUUGUUGCUUAGUUAAUUUUUAUUUUUAUUUAAUUAAGUAUCUUAUUUAUUAUUUUGUUUUGUUCACUGAUACUGUCUGUAUGUAUCACUCACUCACUUAUGUUCCGUUUUUUUUUAUAAAUUAUAUAUGAAGAGCACAAUAAAACAUAACAAUAAAAAAAUACAUUUUUA